AUGCCCGCCGGCAACGAAGCCUUCACGGCCCUCACCCCCCGCCAGGCCUUUGCUUUGGCGCGCUCGCACGCCGAGCUCCUACGCCAGCUAUUCAACCACCCGGAGUUCAAGUACACGGAGCCGCCGACGUCGGUGCGGUACCCGGUCGACGUCGACCGCACACCGCCGGCGCUGCUGAUGGUCAGCGACUUUGUGCAGACGACGUACGUCGAGCACGUGCUGCCGCUGCUGCCCGCCGGCACCUCGCGCAAGUGCAAGGACGUCGGCAACCCCUGGGCCUUUGCCGACCCAAACUACAGCUGGGAGUGGACCUGGGACGAGAGCGCCGGCGAGCUGCGCGAUGCCCAGGGCGCCAAGAUCGACUUCCCCGUCCUGCCCAAGGCCCGCGCCAUCGAGCUGCGCGGCGACGUCUACAGCCGGUCCUUCAUGGCCCACAAGUGUAUCUGCGAGAAUGACAGCGACGUCAAGGCGCGGAUGAUGAUCGGAGGCCAAUCGUUUGACUUUGGCGAGGAGGCCAGGCGGAUCAUCAAGUCGCUGGAGCAAAAUCCAUAA